AUCACCCCACCUUCCUCUCUUUGACAUACCCAUUCAGGGCUAUUAGAUACCCCAUGAGUUGAAAGACCGGAUGACCGUGUUCUCGUCAACUGUAGAUGCAGUAGCCCGAUGCAAGAUGGAACCCUUUCCCGGAAGGCCGUCCCGCCUGAUCCCUUUUGGCACGGGUGAAGACAACAGCUAACAUAGGAUCUGCCACCUGACACCCAACUCCCGACACCUCCCUUGAUGGGCGGGCUACACUUGACUGGCCUGAAUCCGACUGGAAUCUACUGAAAUACUGGCGCGAAUUCGCCUAUCCCUUUCUUCAGUAGACUUACUUAUUUUCCCCUGUGCGGCCCAGCAUGAUGGAUACUCGCGCCGACCCGUCCCUCAUCUACCCGACCGCAUCCUUCCAGGAGAAAAAGGCUGCCGGCUGUCAGCUCUUCAUGUUGCCCCUCUAGUUUCCUGGCGUCGUUGUGCGGCACAUGAAAACAUCUCCUACAAAAAGUCCCUUGAACAUGGGCGUAUUAUUCUCUCCCCCCGACUCGCCUUUGAAAGAGGGCCGGACUCUACUGCCCUGGAAAGGGACCUCAAGAUCGGCUCGUAGGAAGCAGAGGUUAUUUUGGUUGAUAUGUCCCCUUUUUCUGACCCUGGGGUUGGUAUACGUGUUAUAUCCAUAUUCUCGGGAGCCAAAGAUCAUUCUGCCGCCCCAGCGUGUUGCCCCCGCCGCCGAGGAGAACAUAACAUCGGAGGCGGUGGCUCCAGUUGACACAAGCUUGGGAGACAAUGCCAAUGGACACGGCAAUAGUAUUCCGCCCGAGCCGGUGGAUCAGACGCUCUUCGGCGGACAGGAUGGUGACGGACCUAGGAUUUAUGCCAAGCGUCCAGGUAGUGGCCAGGCAGAGAACUACAGGCAUGUCAUACCGGUCAAAGAUACCGACGAGGCUCUCAGACGGGUCAUCAAUCUUCUGCCUAGCGAGCUGGAGGUUCGCGGCCUUCUACAGCCGCUGGACGGGAUGACCGGAGAGGCACGCCUCCGGGAACUUGGGGUCCGCACACGCAGAUACAAGGCGUACCUAGAGGCAUGGGAGGACCUGCACUUAGUGCCCGACACCGAGGGUGGCACCUACAUGCGCGACGACGUGAUUCAGUAUAUCCACGAGCGACAUCGCACCACCAGCGAGGAGGACGGUAGCAACGACCUCGCCGAGACGAUCCACGCAUACGAGUCGUACCGCGGCCUGCUAGUCCAGCUCAGUGACCUGCUCUUCCCCUUCACGGCGCCGUACUUCCCAGACCACAUGACCCUCCGCUCGCACAUCCAGAAGGGCGGCCGCGGUAUCGCGCUGACGGCGGGCAACGACCAGGUCGCGUACCUACUUACGCAGAUACCCAUCCUGCGCAGGCUCGGGUGUAACCUCCCCAUCGAGGUCAUGUAUGCUAGGGAUUCCGACCUGAACCGCGACUCCAGGCAGGACCUUGAGGACCUCGAGGGCGUGGUGACGCGGGACAUCGGCGCUAUGGUCCGUGACAAAGGCUGGACGCUCGCGGGCUGGGCUAUCAAGCCUUUUGCCAUCCUGCUGUCCAGCUUCCGGGAGGUCAUUUUCAUCGAUUCGGACAGCUUCUUCUUUCGGAACCCUGAGGUGAUGUUUGACGAUCCCGGGUACGUCAAGACAGGGGCACUGUUCUUCCGGGACCGGCUGAUCAUGCCAGAACUCAGGAGGAGCUGGCUGCAGUCUGUCCUUCCUCAGCCUGUGUCGAGGAACGUCAAGCAGAGCAGGCUGUGGACAGGGGACAGUGGACAUCAGCAGGAGAGUGGCGUGCUGGUCGUCGACACGUACAGGCAUUUCAUGGCAAUGCUCCUUGUCGCCAGGAUGAACGGACCCGACCGGGAUGGAAACCGGGAGAACCAGAAAGUCGGGGUUUACGACAUGGUAUAUGGCGACAAAGAAACAUUCUGGCUGGGGUUCGAACUGGUCGGCGACACAGACUACGUCUUCCACCAGGGCGACGCAGGAACCCUCGGCGUGAUGAAGACCCGUGAGGAAAUGCAAGCAGAAAAGGCCAAUCUCCAGAGCUGGGCGGUGCUAGACAAUAGCACCGACACCGGGUUUGACCCAGACCUCUACCCCGAAUUUGAUGCGGAGGAAGAAACCAACUCCUCCGACGCCGACGCCACCCCAUCGCUAGAUCCGCUGCCGAGCCGGCGGAUGUGCUCGCCACAGCUUCUGCACCUGGACCUAGAGGGCAAGCCGUUCUGGUUCAACGGCGGGCUGGUCAAGAACAAAUUCCUGGAGCGGCGGCGUUGGAAGUUUGGCUCGUUCGACAGCUACCUCAUCGAGCCGCGCGACGUGCGGGAGCCCGGCGCCUGGAUCCUCGGCGAGGGCAACAUGUGCUGCCUGACCACGGAUAACCACCUCUACGGCAUGCUGAGUCCGGCCGAGAAGGACCUGAUCGGCGAGAUGAUCGCACAGGCGAAGAGGAUGGGCAUCGCGCGAGAUUAG